GAAAGAGGAGAAUGCUGCGCUCUACCCUCGGUGCAUUCUUGCCACCUCUCCGGCCAGCGCACGCUGCCUCUGACUCAGCCUCAGCGCUCAGUUGUCUCAGCCUGAAGGACUUAAGACAGGAGCUGGAGGGGGAACCAAAGGAUACACUGGAGACCAGGAGCUCUCACACCAGGGUCCUCAACAGGAACAACAACAGCAGGAGAGCAGACAAGAGCAACUGCUACUCAUCUGUGGUGGAAACCACUAAUUCCUCAGCAGUGACAACCUCUUCUGCCCCCUCUAGCUUCCAUCCCUCCUCUUCCUCCUUCUCGGCUCCAAGAUCCAUGUGGCAAGAGGCAAUAAGGAGGAAGCGGUAUCUCCUGAACCGGCCAGGGGAGUCUGGUGAAGGAGAUAAAGGAGGAGGGAGAGGACAGGAUAAGAGGAACAGGUCCCCGGAUUGGCUGUAUGAGUCCUACUACUGUAUGAGCCAGCAGCAUCCUCUGAUUGUGUUUCUGCUGCUCAUAGUGAUGGGAGCCUGCCUGGCUCUGCUGACUGUGUUCUUUGCUUCAGGACUGAACAUUGAGGACCACGUGGCCUUUGUAAUCACUGUGCCCACGGCAAUGGCUAUCUUUCUGGCUGUUUUUGUACUCGUCUGCAUUGAGUCUAUCUUCAAGAAGCUUCUACGUGUUUUCUCCCUGGUUAUCUGGGCAUGCUUGGUUGCCAUGGGUUACCUGUUUAUGUUUUCCGGUGGGAUCAUCUGUCCAUGGGAUCAG